UUGUGUGGCGAUAAGACGGGUUCAGCAACACAAGGUCGAUUGGAAUCCAUGUUUGUCCCACUGGCACGGAAUGGGUCCUCCGAUGUGAAACAGGCCGAUCCUUUUGCUGGCCCAAGUCCAGAUGACAUUGUACUCCGGGCGCAGGGGAAGAGUGUGGUGCAUGGCUAGGCUAACUUAGCGGAUUCGUUCAUGGAUGAUUCUAAUGCAAAUUCAUGUUAGGAACGAAGUCGAACGUAACAAAACCAAAGAAGUCAACUGGUGAAUCGUUAGCAAAUUCGGUAGACAAAUUAUCUGUCGAGGAGGUCCCCAAAGUUAAGAGCAAAAAUCUCAAUGUAGUAGCAGAGUUCGAAAAGAGUGGUAUGAAACGUAUGGCCAACUUUGUUGUCAUUGGCCAUGUUGACCACGGCAAGAGCACGCUUAUGGGUCGUCUCCUUUACGACCUGAACGUCAUCGACCAGCGUUCCGUCGACAAACUUCGCAAAGAGGCCGAGACGAUUGGCAAAUCUUCCUUCGCACUCGCAUGGGUCAUGGAUCAGACGAGUGAAGAACGCAGUCGAGGUGUCACAGUCGACAUUGCCACCAACUAUUUCGAAACCGACAAGACGAAGUUCACGAUUCUCGAUGCACCCGGUCACAAGGAUUUCAUACCCAACAUGAUUGCCGGUGCAUCGCAGGCCGACUUCGCCGUUCUCGUCAUUGAUGCUAGCACUAACAGCUUUGAGUCUGGUCUGAAGGGCCAGACGAAGGAGCACGCAUUGUUGGUCCGCAGCAUGGGUGUCCACCGCUUGAUCGUCGCAGUGAACAAGAUGGACACGGUGUCUUGGUCACAGGCGCGAUUCGAAGAAAUCUCACAGCAGAUGAACGCUUUCCUUACCGCAGCCAGUUACACGGCGAAGAGUAUCACAUUCAUCCCGUGCGCAGGUCUCACAGGCGAAAACGUUACCCGAAAAGUGGAAGACCCAAGCGCGAGUUGGUACUCCGGCCAGUCCCUCAUCGAGGCCCUGGAUGCCUCCGAACCGGCGAAGCGCAACAUCGAAAAGCCGCUGCGUAUGACCAUUGGUGACGUCUUCCGCGGCGGGAUACAAAACCCGGUCAGCAUUUCUGGUCGCAUUGACGCCGGUUCCGUCCAAGUAGGCGACGCUAUCCUCACAAUGCCAGCUGGCGAGACCGCGAUAGUGAAGGCUAUCGAGGCUGAGAAUGAUGUCGUCGACUGGGCAGUCGCAGGGCAGAUUCCCACACUUCAUCUCACCGACAUCGACCCUGUGCAUCUGCGUCUUGGUGACAUUGCGUGCGACCCUAAACAUCCGGUUAAGCUGAUCAAGUCCUUCACAUCCAAGAUCCUUGCCUUCGACCAUGUGCUCCCUAUGAGUGUGGAUGUUUUUAGGGGUCGUCUGCAGGCGGAAGGAAAGAUCACAGCACUGACAGCAACGCUGAACAAGGCGACUGGCGAGGUGUUGAAGAAGAAGCCAAGAGUGAUUAAGCCAGCAGAGGUGGCGAGGGUGGUGAUUGAGCUUGAGAGAGAACUGCCGCUGGAAGCUGGCACUAGGGUUGUUCUUCGUGAAGGAGGAAAUACCAUCGCGGCUGGUCUGCUAGAGGCAUAGUCGAAGUCCUUUUCUGCGUUUGUUCUAGGGCGUCAUCCAGCAUCACUUCGAUGAGAAGUCAUAGCUGAACUAUUAGACUCCCAUAUACCAAUCCAAAAUACUGUUUCUUCUCCAUGUGAUAACUCCAAUUCUGUGAGACAUUUCAGG